AUGGACAGCGACAGCGAGCCUCAGGAUCUCGCUGACCUCGGGAACGGCAGCGACGACGGGGAGGGCAAGGACCAGGAGGGCGGCCUGAAACAGCAGAACGUCUUCGGCAAGGUCGAUGACUACGACAUCCCGAGCUCACCCGAGCUCACGUGCGUGUCGCGUGAGAUCACUUCCAAAAGUGAGUGCCCCGUUGCCGCGAUAAAGAAGAUUAAGAACAAGAGGGUCGUCUGGGGCAAAACGUCGACAAGGAAACUUAUGUGCCGGAAGACCAUGAAGAAGAUCCGCAUCUUGCGCCGGACAGGCGAGUGGUGCCGCAAUUGUUACGGGAUUUGGAAGUUGCGCUUCAAGCGUAAAUACAAGGGCGAUAUCAAAAAGUUCAAGGAGGAGCUGACCGAGGGCCAUCCGAAUUUCAAGAAGAAAACAAAUGAUGCCAUGACGAACGCUCACGCGGAGUACCUCCAUCAGAAGGCCGGGGGAAGAAGCAGGGUCACGUCUCUCACAGGCAAGGUGAUCGCCAAGAAGCGCCGCACCCUCACGAUCAAGUAUCCGCGUGAGGUCUUCUAUGUCCUCAAACAAUACAAAUCAAAAUUUGGUGAUCCUAAGACGACCAAGGCGAAGAUCACCAAGUUGAGAAUCAAGCACAAAGGCUUGGUCCAAGGGGUCGUAGUCCGCGAGGGCGAAGAGGGAGUGUAUCCUCUCGAACGGGCCGUCACGAUAGACAUCCAGAAGGAAUACACCCUCGACGACGGCCAGUGCAUCCUCGACAGUGAACAGUUGGAGGACAUGAUGGAUAUCGGCAGCGACGACGAGACGCAGAAGCAAGCACUGGGAGGAGACGGGUCCUGGCCCUGUGUGAGCCAUGCGGGCGUCUUGUCGUUGGAGGAAACGACGAGCCGCCUGGCCGCCGCCCCGCAUGGUGAACCAGUCGAGGAAGAGGCGGACGAGGGACUUGCCUCCGACUCCGAUAGUCAGGAGGGCGACGAUGACGGCGGGGAUGAGGCCAGCGUUAGCGCCGAGAGCGAUGAUGUUCAGAUGGGUCCCGCGGCGGCGACCCCCUCCACGGUCACGGCCUGCACCCCGGCCAAGAAGAUCAACAAAGAGGCUUGCGCUAGCAGCGCCGCCAGCGUCAGCGGCAGCGGUGCCAAGGCACCCCCGGCUAAGAGAGUCAAGAUUGAGAGAGCGGAUUCGGAUGAUGAGAAGCUUGACGACGGGAAGAAGGGCGCGGAGGCCGAGGGCUUGCAGUCCACCCUGUUCCAGGCCAUCAAGAACUUCAGCGAUGGUAAGUACGUCUCUAAAAGCGGUCGGGACUUGCAGGAUUUGAUGAGGGAUUGGAAGACCGUGAUUACUUCGUCAGGCACAUGCUGGAGGCGCAUCGUGUCAGCAAAGAGUGCCACUCAGCGCGAGCAAGCGCCAAUCCUGAAGGAGUUAUCGGGGCAACUCGAGGCCGUCUUCAACUUCACGAAGGCUUUCGCGAAGAUCCCUAACGUUAUAUUCUCGGAGGUAGAAUCGACAUACGCUGCCCUCAAGCAGGUGAACGUGGAGAUCCCAGCCCAGGUGUCCGCCAAGAUGGUGGUCAAGGCUAUCGAUUGCCUCCUGCAGGACGGCAAAGUGGAAGAAGCCUGCGCGAAGCUGACCAUACGACGCGAUGACGCAGCGAGUGGUGAAGUGUUGUGGAGCAUGGCCGCCAUUGACGACGCGCGCGUCAGGAACGACACCUGCAUUGAGACGGCGUGCAAGAUAUUCCAGACUCCGUUCCCGUAUCGGAAUCCCAAGGACACGACUGACGCGACAAUGAUCGAGAGGGCCACUACCUUCUUGGAGAUGUUCUCGGAGUUGGACAUCGACCUUCUUUCGGAGAUCAAAGAAGACCUUCUGGCUACUCAAAUCAUUGUGGCUUGUUCCACUACUACCGGGACUGCUGGCCGCCAAGCUCCUACCCCGAAGCUGACCUUGCAGGAUGCGUUGGACAGGGCGACCGCUGCGCAGAACCCCAAGAGGGCAAAGAACUCUGCCUUGAGUACUUUCGCCAUCUCGAAGAUUGGUCGCCACCUGGUCAAAGUCGCAGUGACCAAACAGACAGAGCAGGCCAAGAACGCUGUCAAUUUCGACGGGGUGAACAGGGUGGCCCUGGCGACAAAAGAGCUCGUGGUCAAUCAUGGUUCGGGGGAAAGUGGGCUGAAAACCUUGCAAUCAACCAUGAACCUCUUGAUGGAGUCCGUCGAGAACUUCCCGGAGCAGAAGGACGAGAGCUGCGUGGACCUGAUAACUGAUGCCACGGUGGCUCUCUGCAAGAAGUUCCAGGAUCAUUUCACGGCGAGCUUCCUCAGGGUGGGCGUCCAAAACGUCGACGGCCCUGCGGCGCAGGCGGCAGAGGCGGAGGACAGCGCCAUGGCAGCUCAGGCCAUCGAGCAGAUGUUCGAGACCAAGACCUUGGCGGGGGAGAGCGCGACCUUGGUGUCCCUGAGCAGCAUGGUCCACAAGUUCGUCCCUAAGAGGCAACAAUUUUCAACCGGCUAUAGCCAUGCGCCUGUCAUGCUCAUGAUAUCAUUCGCUGGGGAGUUGCACGAUGCUUUUGAAAAUUCAACCAUUCCGAAAGGUGUCCUUCACGCCAACAGCUUGGCCCCAGCGUCGACAGCCGCGAAGUGCGCGGAAGACCAACUCUGGGUGGCCAAGAACCAGAUGACAGAGCUGUUGAACGCAACCGUCUCCAAAGACGCCUUGGGGAAGCUCGCUCUCAACCCGCAGACCUACAUCAACGAUUGCAUUGACCAAUCGUGCAUGAUGCCAGUCCAGAUGGUUUCCCACCUUGCAGGUUUGAACAUCGCCGAGUCUACACAGCGCAUCGAUGCCAUGAAGGGCGUCCUUCGCUUCCAGAAGAAGAUGCGCGGCGAGACUGGCGACGACGAGCAGCCCCCGGCCGACAACAACGUUUCUUCCAGGGACUUGGACGACCUCUCCAGCGCGCUGCCUGCCCUUGUCGCCGUGGCAAAGUGCCGGCGUUCUGAACCAAUCGUGCCGCAGAUGGACGUUGCCGACGCCUCGGCCGACGAGCUCGCAGCGGUGCAGAUCCCCAGAGGGAACGUUUCCGAUGCGUACUUGGCUCAUUUCGGCGAGGCGACCCGCGAGUGCUCAGCUUUCGACAAAGUUGCCAAGACAGACAACAGGAAGCAGGUCAAGAAGCAGCUGCAGAAAUUCAUUGAGCGGGUCUCUAAGGACGUGAACACCCUGGGCCUGAUCGCCGCUUCAAAGAUGACCCUGGCAAGCAAGGAGCUCGAGCCACUGCUCUUUGAUGAGAAACCAAUCUUGAAAAAACUCGACACCAGAAUCGACGAGCUCAUCGAUUUUCCAGAGAGGUCGCGCAUCGUGACGCUCAUCAAGGAUCUGAACGGUAUCAACGGUGUUGGGGUCAAGCAGGUCCAGAAGUACGUGGAUGCGCUCAAAGGCACGGACUUGGGCUCGAAGGCCCUCGAGGAGCCUCUCGAGAUGGCCAAGAAGGUUCGCAAGAAGGCCCGAUCGCUCGUGACGUACCGGACGGGGGCGAUCAUGAUCAAGAAGAACAGGGCGGCGGACCUCAAAAAGUACUACGCGGAGGCCGCGUCGCUGGGCGUCGCGACCCCCAAGGAGCUCAAGGACAAGUUGGACGCGCUCCCCGGGGCGUCCUAG